UCCUAUUUUCCUUUAUUUAUUUUUUAUAACUUAAACCUUUAUAAUAGUCUUAGCGUUUUUAUAAAAAGAUACAUAAAAACAGUUUACGUCAUUCCGAUAUGAAUGAUAAUCGAAAAAGCUCACUUUCUAUCUUGUUGUCGACCCUGACUGCAUAAUACUACUGCGGAAAUAUUAUGAUGAUAAUUAUCAUUAUCAGUUUAUAAGCUAUCUUCUUCACAUGUGGCUAAUAUUUAUGUAAUCUAUGGUCUUGUAUCUAUAACUCUCUACAUCUGAAGCAUUUUAUAUACGCAAUAAGUAUAAAUACCAUGUAUUUCAGUAACUACGGUUAUUUUGUAGAGUUUGUUUAACUGUGACAGAGACAAUCUUGACAAGAUGAAAGCUUUUGUGUUAUGUGGCUGCGUUUUAGCAUGCAUCUUCUAUAUCUCAGCUGAGAUUAUACCGUCAAACCUACCAGGACAGCGAGAGGAGUGGAAGGACGUUGUUAGUUCUUGCGUGCACGAAGCUGGUUUGACUCACAAGGAGGGUUACGAAAUACAAGAGAUUGUAGAUGAAGUAUAUAAACAACCUGGUAUGGAAGAAAAGAGAAGAAAGCAUGGCUGCGUUAUCGAGUGCCUUCUGAAAAGUUUAGAAUGGAUGGAAGGAUUAGAAAUCAAAGAAAAUCGAAUUUCUGGAAAUAUAACCAGAUUGUUAAUUAAUCAUCCCGCAAAAGAAAGAGCACAAGAACUUAUACGUAAUUGUACUCAACAAAUGAGAGAUGCCACGGAAGAAGGAUGCAACAAAGGUUUUGUUGGAUUAGUAUGUACCGUAAAAAAUAUGCAGGAAUGGAAACAUCUUUUCGAUACAUCAUUGGAAGUAUCAUCAUCGGAAGAAGAAGGCGAAGAGAAUUAAAUUAAAUAUAUGUACAUAAUGUAAUUCAUAUCAAGUUAUAAAGAUAUAAUCUAGUAGUUACAAAAUAAAAUUUCGUGUGCACCUUACAUUUUCAUUUUGAUUUAAUAAUAAAAUUUUUUAGUAUAUUCAUAAAUAUAAUAUGUGAAUCAAUUUGUAUAUAUUUAUUAAUGUACAAGUUUGCGUAGUUAAUAUAAACUGUAAAAUAUUUUUUUGUCAAUUUUUCGAUUUUCAGCUUUCUGCCAUGAUAAACUAAUAAUGCAAUAAAAUACGUUUACGUUA